AUAACCGUGUCUUUUAUUAUUACAUUGGAUCACAAAAUAACCGUGUCUUUUAUUAUUACAUUGGAUCACAAAAUAACCGUGUCUUUUAUUAUUACAUUGGAUCACAAAAUAACCAUGUCUUUUACUAUUACAUUUGAUCACAAAAUAACCAUGUCUUUUAUUAUUACAUUGGAUCACAAAAUAACUGUGUCUCGUAUUAUAACAUUGGAUCACAAAAUAACCAUGUCUCGUAUUAUUACAUUGGAUCACAAAAUAACCAUGUCUUUUACUAUUACAUUUGAUCACAAAAUAACUAUGUCUUUUAUUAUUACAUUGAAUCACAAAAUAACUGUGUAUUGUAUUAUUACAUUGGAUCACAAAAUAACAGUGUCUUUUAUUAUUACAUUGGAUCACAAAAUAACUGUGUCU